AUGUAUUUUAAUGGGAAUAAAAAAAAAAUUGAUAAUAAUGGCUUAAUUUUUACAUAUAUAGAAAAAAUUUACGUAGAUGAUCUCAUAAAAAUUAGUAAAGGAAAUGAAAGUAAUAUUGAUUAUUUAGGUUAUUUAAAUAAAAAUAAGUCUUUAAAAAAAUUAGAACAUAUAAUUAAAAGCCAUUUAGUAAAUAGUCAAAUUGCUAUAACUAAUUUUGCCGAUGAUUCUAAUGAAAUUUUGAACAGUAAGUACAUAUAUGAAAAUAUUAUAAAAAAGAAAACUUCUUAUCUAUUAAAAAAUGUAUAUUUAUCAAGUUUUUUUAGCGAUGAUUAUAUAAAAUAUAUUAUUAAAAAGUAUAAGCAAAUUAUGAUAUCUUUUAAUUGUAAGUAUGAUAAUAAAAUAUAUAUAAAUAACAAUCAUGCUUACUUUUGUAUUAAUGAUUACACAAAAUUGAGAUUAAUUACUCAUAAAAACAUAUAUAAAGACAAGGAUAAAUUAAAUAAUGUUGUCGUUAUAGAUAUACAUAAUGAAAAAAAAAAGUUAGAAGAUGGUUAUUUAUAUGAAAAUAAUGAAGUUUGUUAUUUUAAUAAAUCUAUUAUAUGCGAAAAUAAUUAUAAUAAUCAGUAUGAAUGUAAUAAUACAAAGGAAAUGGAUUGUAACAAAAGUGGUACAUUAAAAAUAAAUCAUAAUGAAUUUAAUAAAUAUGAAAAUAUAAAUAAAGAAAAUAAAUUAAAAGUAGCAUACGAAAAUUUUUUUACUGACUUAUAUACAUAUCCAAUAGAUUUACUUUGUAUUUUUAAUAACUGUGAUGAAAAUUUAAUAGGGAUUUUAAGAAAUGUUUUAGCAAAUAAUAAAUCAGAAAAUGCACAAAUACACUUAAUUAAUUUGAAAUUCUAUGAAUGCUAUUACAAAGUAGGUGAAAAUAUCUACAUGAAAGAUUCAAGCAAAUUUACAUAUAAUAAUUUCAACAUUAAUAAAAGCUAUGAUAUUAUAAAUAAUCAACUAGAUGAUACAAAUAAUCAGAUAAAUAUGAAUAAUGUUGUUAAUAUAUAUAAAAAUAUUUUUUUUAAUUCUCAAAAGCAGCAAAAUAAUUUAGAAGAAAUACCUAUUUGUAACGAAUUAAGACAAAUACCUAAUUUUGAUACUAAUUAUACUGAUAAUGAAAGUAAUUUAAAUUUUUAUAAUGCAAACUAUUUAAAUAAAGAAAAAAAUUUCAAUGAUUCUUUUAUACAUAUGAGAAAUAAAGAUACACAACAUUUUUAUGAACUUAAUAUGGAAUACAUCGAAAAAGAAUUUUUUGAUAAAAAAGGUAUUUCAGAUAAGAAUAAAGAUGAAAAAAAAUCAGUUAGAAAUAGAAAUAAUCAUAGAAAUAACUAUGAUGUGGAUAUUUAUGAUUUAAAAAUAAACACUAAAAAUGGAAAAGAAUAUGAUAUAAAUGAUAAGAAAUUUUACAUUAAUUAUGACUCAUCUAGCAGCAAUGUAAGUUUAUCCUUUAUACAAAAUAUUAGGAAUACUAAGAAUUCAAAAGUAAAAAAGAAAGAAGACUUUUUUAAAGCUUCAACAACUAGUGAUUUUUUAAAAAAAUACAUGAAAAAUAGUAAUCCAGAAAAAAACAAUGAUGAUGAUUUUUCAAGAGCAGAUAUAAGUGAAGAAAAAGAAGUGAGUAAAUUAAGUGAGCACAAGAGAAUUUAUGAAAAUAAUUUAACGAAAAAUAUAUGUUUAGAAAAAGAUAAAAAUGAAGAACAAUAUAAGCUUAAAAAAAUCAACAAAGUUCUUAGUUUUUUGCAAAAAAAUAGAGAAGAUUAUUUUAAAGUUAAUGAAAAUAUAUUAAAGGAAGAAUAUCUUUAUAGUAUUAUGAAUGAUUUUUCAGAAGGAAGAAGUAAAAAAAAAAUAGACAAAAAAAGAAAAAAAUUUGAUGAAUUUGUAAAUUAUUUAAUUGAGUAUAUAGGGAGAAUUCAUUUAGAUAUUAAAGUAAACUAUAAACAAAAUUCAGAUUUUCUUGUCAAAAAAUUAAAAAAUUAUUAUCAAAUACAAAAAAUAAUUUUGAAUAAUGGUUUAAUAAAUAAUUGUAAUAUAUAUAACAUAUUUAAUUUUUUAAUUGGUGAAUUAAUUAAAAAGAAAACAGAAAAUAAAAAUAAGUUGCAUUAUAUUUUAUCUAUUUUUGGUCAGGAUUAUAAUUUUAUUAAUUACGAUAAAUAUUCUCAGGAAGCGUGCAGUCAGAGUUCUAUUCAUAUAUUUUUUUUUUAUUCUAAUGAUAAAAUAUAUAUAAUGAUUUUAGACACAGUAAAUAGAUUAUUAUAA